AUGAACGGAUUACAAAACACCGAGUCCAAUGGCGACUUGGACCACCCCACGCCAGCAGACAAGCUGAUUGUAGGGGUGGAUUUCGGCACAACAUACAGCGGAGUCGCGGCGGCGUACAGCGGCUCGCCAGACGAGGUCGACAUCAUCAAGACCUGGCCUGGCGGCAACGGCAUCACAUCGGACAAAGUCCCGACCGAGAUCUCCUACGACCUGUCCGAAUCCCCAACCUCAUCCGCAGCGAGUAUCACGUCCGAGAAAGCCCAGGCGCAGAUUAAAUGGGGCUUCCAGUUCAAGCCGGAAGAGACGAGGCUGCGGUGCAUCAAGCUCUUUCUCGACCGAAACCAGAAGCUCCCGCAUUUCGUCUCGCCGCUCGAGACCGCUGCCCAGCUCCGGAAGUGCGAUCGGACUGUCAUGGACGCUGUGUCGGAUUACCUGACCAAAAUCUACGAGCACACCAUUCAGACGCUGACGAGGAGAUACGGGGAGAGCUUCAUGAGCACAACGCCCGUGGACUUUGUCCUCACCGUCCCAGCGGUGUGGAGCGAUGCAGCCAAGAAUGCAACCUUGCAAGCGGCAGAAAGAGCUGGGAUGGGAAAUAGACAUGACUUGCGACUCAUCAGCGAGCCCGAGGCCGCCGCCGUAUACACAUUGAAGACCAUCCAGCCAAGCGGCUUGAAAGAGGGAGACAACUUCAUCGUUUGUGAUGCUGGAGGUGGCACGGUGGAUUUGAUUGCAUACAAGAUCACACAAGUCUCUCCCCUGCGAGUCGACGAGAGUGCGGUCGGGACGGGUGGACUGUGUGGGUCUGCCUUCUUGAACUACCGGUUUGAGGAUCAUGUCAAGGAGCGGAUAGGAGCGGAGCGGUACACAAACAUGCGGGAGAAGAAGCCGAAGACGUGGAUGAUGGGCCUGCGGUAUUUCGAGGAGUUCGUCAAGCGCAAUUUCAACGAGGAGGAGCACAGCGAGGUCAAUGUUCCUUUCCCAGGGCUGCCGGAUGAUGAGGAGGCCGGGCUGGAGUCUGGCUUCCUAAUCAUGACUGCGGAGCAGGUGAAGGGCAUCUUCGAGCCGGUGAUCGAGCAGGUCGUCGAGCUCGUGGACGGCCAGGUCCAGGCCAUCAAAGAGAAGCAAGGCCGUGUGUCCGGCAUCAUUUUGGUGGGAGGCUUCGGACAAUCGAACUACCUCUACACGCGCCUAAAACAGCACUUCAACUCCGCGCCGCCGCCGGCCUACACGGACACGCCGAAGCACGAAGAUGGAACUGCAUUGCAGCGGCAGAAUGUCGAGGUGCUGCAGCCCCUGCACGCUUGGACGGCGGUGGUGCGUGGUGCUGUGCUGAGAGGCAUCGAGGGUAAUCUGGUCGAGAAGAGGAGGAGUCGCUGGCAUUACGGCACAAGCUACGCAACAGUGUUUGACGAGGCGAAGCAUCCUAUGGCCGACAGAUACUGGAGCCCGCUCUGGGAGAGGUGGAUGGUUAGUGAUCGCAUGCAGUGGCAUGUCGCCAAGGGUACGCCCAUCUCCGCCGACGCACCUAUCUCCUUCCAUUAUACCCGCAACUUCCGCCCCGGCCAGUCUCUGGUGGUGGAAGACGACGUGAUCGGCUGUGACAGCGAAGAAGCGCCCGACGCUUACGACAAGACGCUGAUCAACGUCUGCACGCUGACGACCGACCUCAACGCCGUGCCGAAGAGCCUGUUCACCCGUCUGACGACGACAAAGGGCGUUGAAUUUGACAAUCUCGAUUUUGAGCUGCACAUGAAGAUUGAAAGCGCGGACCUGGUCUUUGAGCUGCGAGUGGAUGGUGUCAAGUAUGGAAGUGUACAGGCCGACUUUCACUGA